AUGGCGGGAAAAGUCACUUAUUCACGGCGCCCAAACAAACGUCGCGCACCUCACGACCGCGAUCCAGCAGAUGAGAACGACGACCGUCACAAGCGUCCUAGAACAAAUACCGAGCCAAAUGGAUCGCGGCUACCGACACCACCCUCAGGCCGACGAGGAAAGAUAUCCUGGUUCAACGGUCCCGUCUCCAUUCCUGAUGACGACAUGAACCCUCCGCGCUCCAUCUUCGAUAAGGUUCUCGAAAACAAGAAGCACCAAGCCCCAAAGCCGCAUCAGCGCAGUGCCCAGGGUGACCGUGAGAAUUUCAAAGGCCUUAUGAAAACGGGGCACAAGUCGAGAGAACAAAAUGGCUGGGCGAGGAACGGCUCUCUGCCAACGCCACCAGCGGAGGCCCAGAAGAAAGCCCACCAGCAAGCACGGAGAGAUGAGAAUUUCGCGCGGUACAAGGGAAUCACUCACAGGAGCGAGCCGGCGACACUCAAGUCGUCACCCACGGCGCCAAACCAGACAUCGCGGCUCUUCGAGCGGGUCAUUAAAAAUGAGCAGCCGAAAGCACCAUAUCAGCCGAAGACAUACAAAGCUGAGGAGAUUGCAGCACCACGGCGAACUAUAAUGGGGGAACGUCUGUCUAGAAGUUCAGACCAAGCCCGCAAGUAUGUCUCAGACGACACUCACCUUAUGCACAGAACUGACUGUAUCAGAUUCAAAAUGAACCAGACCGACUCGCCUCUCCUGCAGCUCCCCGAAAACGUGAGGAACCUCAUCUACACGUACACACUUGGUGGUAAGACUAUCAACAUCGGCUACCAGACCUAUCACCUUACCUUUGAUCCUACAAAGCCCAAGAAGGUAAAGCGGGUUACACCCAUCUUCAAGUAUCAGUGCACAGUAUACGAUGGUACUCAGAAUCCCUUUAAGACGAUAUCUCAGCCCUGGGUCAAGAGGCCCACGGUGUUUACCAUGCUCAACGGUGUCUGUCGUCAGAUGUACCAGGAAACAGCGACGCUGCCUUACAGGCUCAACCUAAUCGCCUUCGACUCGUAUAGCAUCAUGUUCAACUUCUUGUUCAUGGAGGACCGCCUGCGUCGCGAGCAUCUCGAUGCCUUCACCGAGCUUUUACUAUCGGACCAGCUACCCGGGUCAAAUGCACUCGCCCGCUUAAGCAACGUCAGCAAGACGUGGGUACCUCAGAUUGGUCGUGCCCUUUCACAUGCUGACGAGAUCGCCACGCAGGCCGAGACAUACGACCAAUGGAAAGCCGCCGCGACCGAGCUCGAUAUCCUAGAAGGAAACGAAGCCUGGAAAGAAGAGGACGACACGCCGGAAUACAACGUGAAUCUGGUUGCUGCCCGGCUGAAAGAGCUGGACGAUGCUCGCAUGAGCUGCGACGUGAAGAGGAUGCUGUUCCUGAUCAGGACCACCCUCACACGCGGAUUGGGCGACAUGGGCGACCUGCGUCUGUACAAGCACUCGCAUAUUGGAACCAAGCGUUUGAUCGAGAGGUACAUCGAGUCGGCUCAGCAAACUAUGGCCGCUCUGCUGGACGUCUCGGAGAAGCAGGGAGAUCAAUGUCCUAUCGAGCCGCGGCGAUUGGUCGACCAAUUGCUUCAAACACGCCAAUCAUUCGGUAGAAGCGCAUUGUUACUCUCAGGCGGGGGAACCUUUGGCAUGAACCACAUCGGCGUCGUCAAGGGUCUUUGGGACGCUCGUCUUCUUCCACGCAUCAUAUCGGGAGCCUCUGCAGGAAGCAUCGUCAGUGCGGUCCUAUGCGCAAAGACCGAUGCAGAGAUCCCGGAGGUUAUGCACCAAUUUUGCUUUGGAGACUUGAACGUAUUUGAAAGCCCGGAUCACCCAGAAGGCAUGAUCAACAAAGCAAUGCGCUUGAUGAAGUCCGGCGCUCUCUUUGACAUUGCACAUCUUAUGAGAGUUAUGCGUGAUCUGCUUGGCGACUUGACUUUUCAAGAAGCCUACAAUCGCACUCGACGUAUCUUGAACAUUCCUGUUUCGACUUCGUCGCUCUACGAAUUGCCCAGACUCUUGAAUUACAUCACAGCGCCGAACGUAAUGAUCUGGUCUGCAGUAUGCACCUCUUGCUCAGUUCCGCUCGUCUACAAGAAGGCAUCUCUGUUGGCAAAGGACCCGAAGACCGGCCAGGAAGUGCCUUGGGAUCCAAAUCCUGACGCGACAUGGAUUGAUGGCUCAGUGGACAACGACCUACCGAUGACCCGACUAGCCGAGAUGUUCAAUGUGAACCACUUUAUCGUCUCGCAAGUCAACCCACACGUUGUUCCCUUUCUGGCGAAAGAGGAGGAAAUUGUCGCUGCAGAAGCCCACGACGCCGUCACUGGUCCCGGUUGGAUGAGUCUCUCAGCUAGUCUUUGCAAGGGCGAAGUGAUGCACCGCCUCCAGCAGCUAGCGGAUACUGGGUUCCUCCCAAAUCUUGUCACAAAAGGACGUUCGGUGCUCAGCCAGCGAUACUCAGGCGACAUCAACAUCUUCCCUAAGAUCAACUACGCGGACUUCCCUAGAGUCUUGAGCAACCCCACGCCCGAGUUCAUGGUCGGAUGCAUGCUGACUGGACAGCGAGCUACAUGGCCAAAGCUCUCGCGGAUACAAAACCAUGUCGCCAUUGAGCUCGCGUUGGACGACACGAUCCAGAAGCUCAAGGGACGGCUCGUCUUUACACCACAGCAAGACGUCAAUAUCAGGCGGACCAGCUCUCAGGAUAACGAUCUCGCUCAAAGAAAGCGAGCGAAAUCGACGCAUAAGAUGACGCGCUUCGAACUCAGGACGGAGCCUCCUAGCCCUGUGCUGCGAAAGUCUGCACCCACCAGCCCUCUCUUGUCUCGCGCAGCCUUGAGAGCGUCCUCACAACCGCUUUCUGUCGCGAAGCAAGCUCACGGCGCAAACAAUGCAAGGCGCCAGUGGACCGAGACCAUCCAGCUCGAUCCCACGUCGUCCACGAACGACACGUCUGACCACGACUACUUUGCCGACCCCGAGUCAGACACUACAGACAGGCUCUCUUCACCCUCGCCUUCUACAUCACCCACCUUCACCGGUCCCACCCUCUGGCCUUCAACUCCUCAAGCCACGAUGCAAGCUACCCCACAGCCCACGCUACAGCCCAUGCCACAGCCAACUCAAAGUCCGCUCAGUCGUCGUACCAACACGCUGUUCAAUCUCACCAUGACCUCGGCCGCAAGAUCCUCCUCCAAUCCAAACGUACCAAGCUCACCAGAACUGCGAUACAAGCGCCUAUUUCAUCCUCCAGGGCCCGCUACGCCCGAUGUCAGUGUAGGCCCACCGAUACUGGAUGUAGAGCCCAUCAACACAACACGUUCUCCGUCUGCCAGCAGACCUGGUAGCCGUCGCGGUAGUGCAUCGGGUUUGCCAGUUGACCCGUCAGGGACGAGGGGCAUGCUGCUGAGGAAGAAGAGUUACAUGUAG